AUGGAUGACUGGACACCUGUUGACAUAUCAGAUUAUGCACAGGACAAACUUGGAGAAAUUGUUUACGUACAGCUACCUGAGGUGGGAGUGGAGCUUGAGAAAGAUGCGGAAGCAGGAUGCCUUGAAAGUGUCAAGGCUGCAAGUGAUGUUUACAGUCCAGUAGCCGGCAAAAUAGUGGAAGUGAAUGAGAAGCUGGCCGCAACACCAAACUUGCUCAAUAGUUCUCCUCUUGAAGAUGGAUGGAUAUUUAAGUUGGAAGUGGCCUCCAGAUCUGAUGUGGAGGGGCUUAUGAAUGAAACUGCUUACAAGAAGUUUCUGGAGACACAAAAGUGAUCAGUAGCCUGCAGUCAGCUGUACAAUCUUCUGUAGCUACAUCAAAUAACAGCUUGUUCUGCUCACAGCUGGCUGUGGAUGUUGCAAUGAAUGCGCAAGGAAUUGUGGAGUGGUGCCUGUUUCUUCCCUGUUUGGCUGAUAUAUGCAGUUUUUCAGACGGAUAUCUGAUUUUUGAAUGUCCCAUGAAGAAUAUUUCCUGGUAGUAAGUGGUUGUGAUUACAGCUAUAUCAUAAAAUCACCCUAGAUAAAUAUGAGAACAAAUCUCAUAAAUGAGUGCUUCAAGCUGAAAUGACAACCGAUCGUUAGAUGAUUCAAUUAUAAAACACAUUUUUCCCUUUGUGGUCAGUAACCAGGAGUAAUUUGUGGACUAAGUAGAAUACUCUUUCAUUUUUUAUUGCGUGU